UUGAGUGCUGUUGCUGCUACUGCUCCGCCAUGGACUCCCGCAAGCUGAGCGAGCUGCGGGCCUUCGUCAGGCUCUGCAAGCAGAACCCGGGCCUGCUGCACUCCGAGGAGCUGGCCUUUCUUCGCGAGUGGGUGGAGAGUAUGGGAGGCACAAUACCACCUGCUCCAGCCAAUACCUCCACAGAGGACACAAGUAAGGAGGAAAAGGGAGAUGGCAAAGCUGAGCAACAGCCAGAGGAGCCUGUUAAAUCACCUGAACCAGAAAGUGAAGAGAGUGACUUAGAAAUUGACAAUGAGGGUGUGAUUGAACCAGACAAUGAUGACCCUCAAGAAAUGGGAGAUGAAAAUUUGGAGGUAACAGAAGAGAUGAUGGAUCAAGCUAAUGAGAAGAAGAUGGAAGCCAUAAAUGCUCUAAGUGAAGGUGAACUUCAGAAGGCUGUCGACUUGUUCACAGAUGCUAUCAAGCUGAAUCCUUGUUUGGCCAUUUUGUAUGCCAAGAGGGCAAGUGUUUUUGUGAAGCUACAGAAGCCAAAUGCUGCCAUUAGAGAUUGUGACAGAGCCAUCAAGAUUAAUCCUGACUCAGCACAGACCUACAAAUGGAGGGGGAAAGCACACAGACUUCUGGGACACUGGGAGGAAGCUGCUCAUGAUCUUGCAUUAGCUUGUAAACUGGAUUAUGAUGAAGAUGCUAGUGCCAUGCUGAAGGAGGUGCAGCCAAGAGCUCAGAAAAUUGCAGAACAUCGUCGAAAAUAUGAGCGGAAGCGUGAAGAAAAGGAAAUCAAGGAAAGAAUGGAAAGAGUGAAGAAGGCACGGGAGGAGCAUGAGAGAGCACAAAGGGAGGAAGAAGCAAGACGACAGGCAGGAGGAGCUCAGUUUGGUGGUUUCCCCGGUGGUUUCCCAGGGGGGUUUUCAGGUGGAUUUCCUGGGGGUAUGCCUGGAGGUAUGCCAGGAAUGGCAGGUAUGCCAGGUCUCAAUGAGAUUCUCAGUGAUCCAGAAGUUCUUGCGGCCAUGCAGGAUCCAGAAGUCAUGGUUGCAUUCCAAGAUGUUGCCCAGAACCCUGCAAAUAUGUCCAAAUACCAGAAUAAUCCCAAGGUUAUGAAUCUCAUCAGUAAAUUGUCUGCCAAAUUUGGCAGUAAACCAUAAAAUCCCUGGUUCUUAAAAAUCAUAUCUCGAUGGGAAGGAUUGGAUUUGGCUAACCAGUGUUGCAAUAAAACAAACCAUUGUACCUCUGAUCUUCUUAAGAAGAGAAAUGGGGUGUUUGAAGGAGACUGCUCUUUAGCCCCAAGUGUUGACUUUACUCAAUGAUUGGUUUAUAGCACUCAAAUUAUAUUUAGAUGGCCUAGUUUCCACCAUCCCUCCUUGACCUAGAGUUGCAAACUUUUGCUGUAAGUACUGCAGACAGUUUUCCUCUGAAUUAACACUCCUAUAAAAAUUGUAAUAUUCUAGGAGUGUAAGGUAUAAAACCUGCUGUUGUUGUUUGGGAUUUUUUUAAUAAUUAUUAAUUACUCUCAGUGAGCAAAGGGGAAGGAACACUUAACAGUUGAAGGCUGUCUUAAUCCUCUUAAGACAGAAAUGUUGGCCUAGUCACAAACAGCAAAGGUGGGACAAAUCUGAAGAAUUAACUGGAUAAAGGAAUUGUCUGCAAAUACAAGUCCUUUUUUUUUUAUAUAGCUGUUAAAAUUGUCAAUGUAACCAUGCUAGCUAGAUACACACCGGAACUUCUGGCAGUACUGCAAGUAACGUAAUGUUUUUGGAUCACAUCUGUGCAGCAAAGGUACAGUCCUAUCCUUUGCACACCCUGGCAUGAAGUACAUAUUGCAGAGGCCACAGAGGUUUUGUGACUUUCUCACUUCUUGUCCAGCACCUUUACAUAACACUUUAUUUAUCAGUUUGGGUACGGGAGAGCGGCUUACUGUCUGCUUGUGCUCUUGUCCUUUCCCAGUUGGCAGGUCCCCCACUGGUUGCACUUGCCCUUCCUUGGGGCCAUGCUUACCAGCUUUCAUCUAUUUGGAAACAUUAGGGAAGGAAUCUUAUCACUACCUCUGUCCCACUGAAUGCAAGCCAUCCAGAACAUGUAAAUGCAGAGUUACAAAUCAGUGAAAGGGAGGGAAUACACAACAAAAUUGCAGCUCUGUGUUCUGAGUCAGUUUGAGUCCUUACAUGCUUACUGAUUAAAAUUUUCUGGCCAAAGUCCUGCUGUCUCUGUAGAGGUGAUGACUCUUCCUUCACCACAUACUGUAGUCUUCCAUCUUUUCUUGUAUCUUUUUCUUCAAAAAGCAAACACACACAUACCAGGAAAAAAAAAACCAAACACAAAUGACCCACAGAAAACCCCAACAAAACAAAAAGCUGUGGUUGUGGGUUCAUGCUUCCAUAUUUUUGAGACUUGUGAUGUGAAGAAAAAGGUUGAAGUAUUUGAAGCUGACAGAACAUUGUUCUCACACUUGUGAUUGGAUUACCAGCAAUGGGUAUCCGUGAAGCAGUGUCUGUUGAUGAGGUUCAGUUGAUUUGUCUACUGAUAAAGACAGUUGUUGCUUCUGUUUGUCUUAGCUAAAACACAAUUUUUCUGUGGAAAAAUUACCAUAGUUACCUGUUCACCACUUGAGUCCCGGCAUUUGUGUUAACUCUUGUAAUUCUGUAUUUUAAGCCAUAACUGAUGUUACCAUUUUAAAACAAGUCUGGACUGCUGUAGGAACUCAACAACAGUUGCAAAAAAAAAAAAAAA